AAAAACACAGGAAUAACAUGAAUCUAAAUAAAUGAUCCCACAUGGGAACAUCACUGUCACGUUAGAGAAUAUCCAAGGUAAUCCCAGGAGUUGCCGGACCACACCCAUGCGUCGUUAGACUUUCAGACUUUGGACAUGUAGGUCUGGCAGGGUUCAAGAUACGGACGUGGUUGUCUGCAUCGAGACGAAAUUCGUCCUAAAAUCUCUAAUCGUUAUAAUAGUUCAGGAUCAUCUCAUGUGAAAGGAGUAACAAUGCAUUUAGCCGUUGCCGUCCUGGUGCUGCUUGGGUCGUUUUUACCCGUCAAAAGUGGGCGCCACUCACUGGAGUACAUCUACACCGCCCUCUCCAAGCCUAUUCAUCGACAUGGUAUCCAUGAAUUCACCGCCAUGGGCCUGCUGAACGACAGGAUGAUCGACUACUAUGACAACGAUCUUCAGAAGAAGGUUUCCAAGCAGGACUGGAUGGAGGAGAAACUGGAUAAAGACUACUGGGACAAAGGCACUCAGUCACGCAAGUUCAAGGAGCAGUGGUUCAAAGUCAACAUUGGCAUCCUGAUGGACCGCAUGCGUCAGAAUGACUCUGAUGUCCAUAGUCUUCAGUGGAGGCAUGGCUGUGAGGUUGAAGAAGAGCAGGGUUCUGUGAGAUUCAUCAAGGGCUUUGACCAGUACAGCUACGAUGGAGACGACUUCCUGGCCUUCGAUGACACCUCUACACAGUGGAUCGCCCCUAAUGCUGCUGCUGUACCAACCAAGAGGAAGUGGGAUGGAGAGCAGAUCCUGAACCAGUACACCAAGGGUUACCUGGAGAAGGAGUGUGUUGACUGGCUGAAUAAAUUCAGGGGUUAUGGCCAGAAAUCCCUUGUUGAAGCAAAGCCUCCAGUUGUACAUGUGUAUGCAAAAAAGGCCAACACCGUGGGGAAUGUUGAACUCACCUGCUGGGCCACUGGAUUCCUGCCUAAAGACAUCAUCCUGAACAUCAGGAAGAAUGAGCUGGUCAUCUCUGAUGGCGUAAAGUCUUCAGGAGUCCGCCCCAAUGAUGGCAACACACACCAGAUAUGGAAACGUGUUGAAAUCUUAGAGAAUCACCAAGGAAGUUACGACUGCUACGUUGAACAUGUGUCUUUGAAAAAACCUGUUAUCAAUAAAUGGGAUAAUGUGUGCUGUGAUUGCUCUGGCUUUGGGGUCAGUCUUAUCAUUGGAGUUGCCAUUCCUGCAGUCUUGGUUGCUGUUAUCUUGGUGGUCCUGUUAGUCCUUUACAAAAAAGACAAAAUCUGUGCAAAGACAGAAGGCAGCAACCGUUCUGAUUCUGAUUUGAAGACUAUCUACUCUCCGCCAGGGAGUGCAGCAGCCCCCUCUACCGUCCUACCUUCCUCAAACUUGGAUCCAAAUAAGAAAGAAGGCAGUGACGGCAGUUCUGAUUCUGGACACUCCAGUGGUGGGACCCCAUCUCCGACUGGCAGCACUCAGAGUAUCGGUGCUUCUGCAGGAAACUCCAGUGGUGGGACUGCAUCUCUACCUGGCAGCAGUGUGGUCAAUUUUGUGUCUGCAGGGACAGCAAAUGAAUCAGCUGCACCCUUACUAACCAAGGACUCCACACAACACAUGGACGAUGGCAGCAACAGUUCUGAUUCUGGAGCGGGUAGCCGUAAAAGCCUAUCCCAGUCUUCCAGGGAGGAGGUGGUGUAGUCUCCCAGGCUGUACCAAAAUCAAGUAAUUCAUUUGUUAGUAAAUCUAACAAGCAUAUUAUUGAAAUCAUUAAUACACUCCAAUUUAAAGGGACAGGUGUUGCUCAGUGGUAGAGCAUUUGCCAGCUGAGCAAGAGGUCCCAGGUUCAAAUUCACCCCUGUGCACUGCUGUGGAUAAAAGCAAAGUGAUUAUAUCAUUCUAAAACGUUUGUGGCAGUAUAGAGGUUGGAGGUUGCUGGUAGAAAUCCUUGAAUGGACUAUGAGGAUCAGUGAGUUGGAUGGCAGGCCUUAUGUGGAGGAUACCUUCAGUAACCUCUCAAGUCUCUGAAAACACGAGUUGAAAUCAUGACUGAUUAUGUGUGUGGAAUUAGCAUGUAGAAGAGUGUGGAAUGUUGUGUUGUCUCAAAAAAAGAAACACAAGAAAUUAGUUUGUACAAUGUGUGGUAUAAUAAUUUAACUUGAUAAUCUGUUUUGAGUCACAUAAUUUCACUAUAAUGAAUGCUAAUAGGAUAUUGCGACAACUUUAUUGGAGCCUUUUGUUGCUCGUAUAAUAAGCUUGAUGACUAAAGGAAACAAUGACUAAAGACUGAAUAAAAUGUUGAUCGUAAGCUAUGAUUCUUUUGCACUCUUGCUAAUAAAAAAGUAUUCCUCUUGUUUAAAGAUACAUUGGAACAACUGUCUAGGCUGUGUUUCCAAGCAGGCUGUGUGUGACUUGAUAUUUUUGUAACAUUAUUAAUGAUGAAAAUAAAAACAAAUAAUUGCC